AACAAAAGUCAAAAGCGAGAACAAGAAUCAUGAGCACUCCGAGCGUGGUUUCAACAUAAUCAUGUGAGUCAAUGGUGCUUAUCUCUCAUCUCUUCUCUUCAUCUUCCACAAUGAAAGAUGGCGUCCUUCCCCUCCCUCUAUCGAAGCAUAAGACAGAUGACUACAGUAAAGUAAAGUAAGGAUUCUAAUAGCGUUCCGCUGCCGCAAGCAACCGCUGCUACCCAAACCCCCAUUAAAGCCGAGGCCUUACGGUGGACACCCACAGCACCUACUCGUCUCGCAAGCAAGUCAAUGUGGAAGAAAUGUCUGAAUGUUAGGUAUAAUGGAUCAGAAUGUUAGCUAGAGAGAGAGACUCUUUCUAUUCAGAAAAAGAGUAUAUUAUUCAGUAUUUGUUACAGUACUAUCGCUACGUGUUCGAUGAAUUGUCUGUGAUAAAUGAGGCCAUAGUCGUUUCGGCAAGUGGCAGUCUCGAGUGAACGACCGGCUUCACACGGUCGAGUCGACGACGACGACGACCGUGACGGCCUUUUGUUUUCUUGAAGUGCCACGUAAUGGCAAUGUCGUGCCUUAUCGCACUGGGCUUUCCCGAAUCCCAUUCAAACCGUUGAGGUGUCCUUAGAGAGGGAAAGGGGACUCACGAUAUUUUGUGUCAUUGGGUCGAACCAAAAAGAAUUCACGUGCUUUGGACAUGAGCGUAGUCUUCCACAAUGCUUUCCCCAUUCCCCACGGCGUCGUCUGUUGGCAACGGCUUGGACAAGAAGCUGCUGUGGAUGGCCUUUUCCUUGCAGCAGCAGCAGCAGAAGCAGGCUUCCAUCUCGUCCGCCACGAUCCUAUCCCGUGUAGCUCUGCUCUCCCGCAAUGUUCCUGCAUCUACCUUGCCGUCCGUUAAAGAAGCUUGCAAGCAAGGAGACCUCACACAGGCCUUCCGCUCGCUGGCUAACUCGCCGCAGUGCCCUCCGCCGGACGCCUACUCAUCCAUUCUCGAGCUUUGUGCUUCCCGGAAAGCCCCACUGCAAGGCCAGCAAGUCCACUCUCACAUUGUCAAAUCCAAUUCCCUCUCUGAUGAUGGAUUUCUCGGCACAAAGCUCCUUUUCAUGUACGGGAAAUGUGGCCAACUCCGCGAUGCCGAGAAGCUGUUUGAUGAAAUGCCGAGUCGGUCUAUCUUCGCGUGGAACGCGCUCGUUGGAGCCUACGCUUCGAAUGACCGUCCUUCGUUGGCCAUAGCAACCUUUCAGGAAAUGCGUGUCUCGGGAAUACUGCCCGAUGCUUGCACCCUUGCUUCCGUCCUAAAGGCCUGCGGCGCGCUAGAGGAUGUCUAUACUGGGACUGCGACGCACGGUUUUGCAGUCAAAUGUGGACUCGACUCCACGGGUUUCGUCUCCAAUGCGCUCGUUUCCAUGUACGCAAAGUGUGGACGGUUCGGCUCGGCAAGGCAGCUGUUUGAGCGGAUGGAUGAGGAAAGAGAUGUUGUUUCUUGGAAUUCCAUCAUAUCAGCAUGUUUGCAGGACGGGCAAUUCUUUGAGGUUCUGACUUUGUUUAGAGAGAUGCAAAGGGCCAGCAUUCCGAUGAACUCGUAUACCACCGUCGGCGUUCUUCAAGCCUGUGCAGAACUUUCACUUCCGAGGUUGGGUAUGGAAAUACAUGCCGCUCUUCUAAAGAACGAUGCAAAACUCGAGAUUUAUGAGUGCAACGCAUUGGUCGUCCUGUACGCAAGAUGUGGUCGAAUCGGCAAUGCCAUGCAGGUGUUCUGCGAGAUGGAGGAGAAAGACACCGUGUCGUGGAAUUCGAUGCUGUCUGGUUAUGUUCAAAAUGGUUUAUAUCAGGAAGCCAUCGACUUCUUCCGCGAAAUUCUCGGGUUGGGUUUUGAAGCCGACCAGGUUUCGCUUAUAAGCGUCGCUUCUGCUUCAGGGAGGUCAGGGAACAGAUUGCAUGGAAAGGAAGUGCAUGCUUAUGCGAUGAAGCACGGAUUGGACUCCGAUUUGCAGGUCGGAAACACACUAAUCGACAUGUACACAAAGUGUCACUUGAUAGAUUAUGCCGAGCGUGUCUUCUAUAAAUUGCAUAGCAAGGACUGCAUUUCCUGGACGACAAUGAUCGCAGGUUACGCACAGAACUCUCGCUAUUCCAAGGCAUUCGAGCUGUUCAGGCAAGUUCAGGCGGAUGGAAUGAAGGCGGACUCGAUGAUGAUCGGGAGCAUCUUACAAGCUUGCAGUGGUAUGCUCUGUCUUUCCCUGCUGAAGCAAGUCCAUGGUUAUGCUAUCAGACAUGGCCUGCUGGAUCUGGUACUCAACAACACGAUCAUCGAUGUCUAUGGAGAGUGUGGAAAGGUUUCUCGUGCUUGCCAUGUCUUCGGAACGAUACGGGAUAAGGAUGUUGUGUCUUGGACUAGUAUGAUCACUUGUUAUGUCAGCAACGGGCUCCUAAACGAAGCUUUGUGUUUGUUCAGAGACAUGGUGGCGGCCGAUGUGGAACCUGAUGCAGUAUCACUGAUUACUGUGCUUGCUGCCGCUGCUGGUUUGUCAUCCUCGAUGAAAGGAAAGGAAAUCCAUGGUUUUAUGUACAGAAGACGGUAUCUCACCGAAGGAACAGUCAGCAGUUCACUCGUGGACAUGUACGCCAGGUGCGGAGACAUAGAGAACUCCUUUAAAGUAUUCGGAAAUGUCAGACGCAAAGAUUUGGUUCUGUGGACAACCAUGAUCGACGCCAGUGGGAUGCACGGCCAGGGAGAGGAAGCAAUACGCCUCUUCCGGGGACUGCAGGAGACGGGUAUAGUCCCCGAUGAGGUUACCUUCUUGGCCCUUCUCUAUGCCUGUAGCCACUCUGGAUUGGUAGACGAGGGAAAGUACUAUCUGGAUGUGAUGACAGGUGAGUAUGGUUUGGAGGCAUGGCCGGAACAUUACGCCUGUCUCGUCGAUCUUCUCGGUCGCUCUGGUAGGACAGAGGAAGCAUUCGAGUUCAUAAAAUCAAUGCCUGUGAAGCCGACAGCUGCCGUCUGGUGUGCUCUCCUCGGUGCCUGUCGAGUGCACCUGAAUCACGAGCUGGGCAAGAUUGCAGCGGAGAAGCUACUCGAGUUAGAGCCUGAGAAUCCUGGAAACUAUGUGCUCAUUUCGAAUGCGUUUGCGGCGACGAGGAACUGGGAAGAAGUGGGUGCAGUGAGAGCGAUGAUGGAAAGGAGGGGAUUGAAGAAAGACCCGGCAUGUAGCUGGAUCGAAGUGGGGAAGAAGGUGCACGCGUUCGUUGCGAGAGACAGAACACACAAGGAAUCAGUCGCAAUUUACUCGAAGUUGGCAGAGAUCAUCGAGAGACUCAAGAAGGAAGGAGGGUACACCGAGAACACCAAGUUCGUUCUGCAAGAUGUGCCGGAAGAGGAGAAGAUAAAGAUGUUGCACGGACACAGUGAGAGGCUUGCCAUGGCUUUCGGUAUGUUGUGUGCCCCGAAGGGAACACCAAUCAGGAUCACCAAGAACCUCCGAGUAUGUGGUGAUUGCCACGAAUUCACCAAACUCGUAAGCAAGCUGUAUGAGCAGGAAAUCAUCGUCAGGGAUGCCAACCGGUUUCAUCACUUCAGAGGUGGAUCCUGUUCUUGUAGAGAUUUCUGGUGAGUCCAAAGGUGUCUCAUGAGAUGUCUCUGCUUCUGGUGAUGGUUCUUAGAAGCUGUUGGGUGGCCUCAGAAUUGAAAUGAAAGAAGAGAGCAGAGUAAAUCGAAUGAUGGAAAUAAACAAGUAGGCUCGACUUGCUGCAGUACCAAUCCAAAUUUGAUGUCGAAGAUAUUAUAUGCAGAGGUCCGUCCCCUCAGCCCCACACCCAAAUACAAAAAAAGACAGGAACCUCCGUCACCGACCAGUAUCAAAAAGAAGAAAGCAUCCACUGGUGGAUCACACCUUCCAUGCAUGGCCAAAAACUACACUUCCCAUCAUCAUGCUGAAGAAGAAGAAGAAGAAGAAGAAGAAGAAGAAGAAGAAGAAGAAGAAGAAGAAGAAGAAGAAGCCUUCGUUUCGUCGAGGUCUCCAAGCCGAAAUUUAUAGGUACAGGAAGCGCGGAGAGGAAAAGUCCGGUCGCAGCGCGGGCCUUCUCCCCUUUUGUUGCAGUAACCUGGGAAUUUAUCUUUCCUGAAAUCAGCGCAGUCGACCAGAACAAGAGACCACUCGGAAGCAAGUUCCUCGAGGUUCCAUUGCGCGUACGGGCCCCCCAUCUUGUGGCUCACGUGGACCUCUCCAUGAGGUCGGAGCAUGCGGCAUGCGUUUCUGAAGAAUCCCAUCACCAACCUUCGGUGCAAACUAUACCACAAAGAUGAUCCGACAAAAUGAGAUCGAAACAUGCAAUCUUGGUGCGAAGCUACUACUCCAGGGAGUAAGCUUGGCGAGCGUUGCAAAUAGAGGAAGAAUAUCUAAGAUGGUCAAGGCACGUACUCGAUCACCGGCAUCAGGCCCUCGUUUCCUCUGAAUCCUGCAUGUGGGAAGUUGAAGACGAUCCGAUCAAAUCUUCGCAUCGUCAGCUCGCUAUGUAACUUCAUUGUCGUAGCAUCAACUCCGUGCAGCGUGGUCGCCCCCAUCUCCCGCAGGCUCUUCAGGUUCGAUUUCGCUUUGGAAUACUUUUGCAGCAGGUCAUCUGCUUCGCAUAGAUUCCAUCAACGAUGUACAUAGAAAGAUGAAUGGCGGCCACUAUUUCAUUAUACAGCCGAGGAAGUAAUCCAUGGAAUGAAGACGGGGAGGGUAUGGAAGCGAAGUAUUCCCGUGCCUGAUGAGCGAGUGUUAAGCCACUCCUUCCCGAUUAAGAAAUCGGAGAGAAACCCAUCAAAUCAAUGAUGCACAGGGAGAGAAACCUCAUCUUUCGAGAAACCACAAGAACGUUCGGGUGUACGUGUGAAACCAGCAAGAACAAGACGGGGGAGGAGGAGGGAAAGGGAAGACCGUAGGAGUCGAGGGAGGUGGCGACGAGGUUAUCGGCGGAGCCGAAGGCAUUGGCGAGCGCGAGCGAGAAGGAGAAGUCCCCUUCUCCGACCAGCAGUAUCUGCUGCGCCGAGGAGUAAUGGCUCAGCCAUUUCACUCGCACCGAGGAGUGAUGGCUCUGUUGUUUCAGUUUGGCGUUGGCAAACAGCAGCAGCAGCCCUGAGACUGACAGGAGCGACGGAUAUAUGGAGAAGCGAAGUCGAAGGGUCGCUCCUCCCCUUCGUCUUGGGAGACGAUAGCGAUCCCUAUAUCAAGCCGGGUGACUCAACCGUCUCAUCGACGUCAACUGUGGUUGGACUUCCCGAUGAGCAGGAGAAAACGGGUAAAAGCAACCACAUGCCGGAGACUUCCUUCGCACACAGGUAUAUUGUUAGAAGAAGACAUCUCUACUGUUCAAAUACUACGGCUGAAUGAGGAGAUCAGCAAAGGAAGAUUGAGGUGCCUCAUGUAGAAAAUAUUAUCAACGUAAUUGCAGCCCAAUCAUUCAUCGA